UUUUGCUCCUCUUUUUUUUAAUGGGAAGAAAGAAAUGUGCGGUGAGUUUCAUUCCUUGAAACGCAACGUUUUGGUUAAUAUUAGUAUACUCCUCUUCCCACUCCCUCGUCCGUGUCUCAAUUCAAAUUCCAUUUUGGGCACCAAAACCACGCUAUCAUCUCUUUGAUAUGCUCAUGAAUGAAGAGGUUGCAUUCCCUCACUUUGCUUGGCCUCAAAGCAACCCAUUGCCAAGCAAUUAAGUUGGGCUCCAUUGCAGACCUUUACAUUGCCAACAACCUCAUAACUUCUUAUGCGAAAUGCACACAAUUAACCUUUGCUCAUCAACUGUUCGACGAAAUGCCCCACAGAGACACUGUGUCUUGGAACGCCAUAAUUUCCACUUAUGCAAACUCCGGUCAUUUGGACACCUCAUGGCAGCUCCUCAGUGCCAUGAGGAGGUCUGCACUCGCGUUUGACAGCCACACAUUGGGAAGCAUCCUUAAGGGUGUUGCCCGUGCUGGUGAGCUCCAGCUCGGGCAACAACUUCAUUCUGUCAUGCACAAGAUGGGGCUGUCAGAAAAUGUGUUUUCUGGCAGUGCCCUCUUGGACAUGUAUGCCAAGUGUGGGAGAGUUGAUGAUGCGUAUGUUGUGUUUCGGAGCAUGCCGGAGAGAAAUUACGUGUCUUGGAAUGCACUUGUUGCUGGUUAUUCGCGAGUUGGCGAUCAUGAUAUGGCGUUUUGGGUGCUAAGUUGUAUGGAGCUUGAGGGUGUAGAGAUUGAUGAUGGCACGGUGUCUCCACUUUUGACAUUGCUUAAUGAUGUUGAGUUUUAUAGGUUGGUAAUGCAGCUGCAUUGUAAAAUUGUGAAACACGGUCUGGAAGUUUUUAACAAUGUAUGCAAUGCCACUAUCACGGCAUAUUCGGAAUGUUGCUCUUUGCAAGAUGCUGAGAGAGUAUUUGAUGGUGCUUUUGCAUGCCGUGAUCUUGUUACAUGGAAUUCUAUGCUGGGUGCUUACUUGAUGCACGAAAAAGAAGAUCUUGCGCUUAAAGUUUUCAUUGAUAUGCAGAAUUUUGGGUUUGAGCCUGAUGCUUAUACUUACACUGGGAUUGUCAGUGCUUGUUCUGUGCAAGAGCAUAAAAAGCGUGGAAAAUGUUUACAUGGGCUGGUUAUAAAAAGGGGGCUUGAAGAUUCUGUGCCCGUAUCUAAUGCUUUGAUUGCCAUGUAUAUCAGAUUUAAUGAUAGGGGCAUGGAAGAUCCAUUAAGAGUCUUCUUUUCCAUGGGUUUCAAAGAUUGUUGCACUUGGAACUCCAUUUUGGCAGGGUUUGUACAAAUUGGUUUGAGUGAAGAAGCCUUGAGGUUAUUUCUACAGAUGAGAUCUAUGGUCAUAGAAAUUGACCACUAUACUUUUUCAGCUGCCAUAAGAUCGUGCUCAGAUUUAGCAACUCUGCAGUUAGGUCAACAAGUUCAUGCCUUAGCACUUAAAGUAGGCUUUGAUACCAACAAAUAUGUUGGAAGUUCAUUGAUCUUCAUGUAUUCUAAAUGUGGGAUCAUAGAAGAUGCUAGGAAAUCUUUUGAAGCAACUUCCAAAGACAAUGCAAUUGUUUGGAAUUCAAUCAUCUUUGGGUAUGCUCAACAUGGACAAGGAAACAUUGCACUUGACUUUUUUUACUUAAUGAGAGAGAAAAGGGUGAAACCUGAUCAUAUAACCUUUGUUGCAGUUCUAACUGCGUGUAGUCAUAAUGGGCUGGUAGAAGAAGGCUGCAACUUUAUAGAGUCUAUGGAGUCUGAUUUCAGUAUUCCACCGCAAAAGGAGCACUAUGCUUGUGCAAUUGAUCUCUAUGGUCGAGCAGGGCAUCUUGAGAAGGCAAAAACAUUGGUUGAAACAAUGCCUUUCGAACCUGAUGCAAUGGUGUUGAAAACUUUAUUAGGUGCCUGUAGAUUUUGUAACGAUAUUGAAUUAGCUAGUCAAGUAGCAAAAACUUUGCUAGAGAUUGAGCCUGAGGAGCACUGCACAUAUGUUAUACUCUCUGAAAUGUAUGGGCGUUUCAAGAUGUGGGAUGAAAAGGCUAGUGUAACUAGGAUGAUGCGAGAAAGGGGAGUGAAAAAGGUUCCAGGUUGGAGUUGGAUUGAAGUGAAAAAUAAAGUGCAUGCUUUCAAUGCUGAAGAUCAUUCCCAUCCCCAAUGUGAGGGGAUAUAUAUACUACUACAACAACUAAAUGAGGGAAUUAAGUUGUAUAAUAAUUUUGUCAAUCAAGUGUUGUUACUGCAAUGUUUAGAUAAUCUAGAUGGUUAUGAUGAUCUAAAGCUCUUAUGAUUAUUGUAUAUUGUUUGCUGGAUUUGGUUG